AUGCCUGGAGGUGGUCGGUCAUCUUCGCGCCACGUUCCACCGCCACCACCUUUCGACCGCAGUCUUAAUGAACCCGUGCGCGUGUAUCCCUCCGAUCCAUGUCGUAGUGGGUCUCUCGCAGCGUUACAGUCGCUGCACACCAAGAAUGUGGCGGUUGUGGGACUUUUGAGCACCAGCUCAUCGUCUUCCUCGCACGCCUUCGCCUUCGCCAACCGGGUCAUUGGCCGCCUCGUCUUCCGAGAUGACGAAAUGCAAAGUGCAACGACAGUGAAGGACGCCAGAAUGCGUGCGAGUAUCCAUCUCUACUAUGACGACGUGGCAAGAUGUAUUUAUCUAUUUGGGCUGGCACGACCCGACAAUUUCAAUAGCAGCAGCAAACCGUCAGCUCGAAGACAACCCACGACUGGUGAUGAAGCUGACGAGCAGCUACCACUGAAAGAAGAGCAACGGAUUCACAACGAGAUGGGUACAUUUGAGCGUGAGAAGCUCAAAAUGCAAGUACUGCUCUACUCCAGCUGCAAUAUGAUAAUAGUGCUGAAAGAAGACGCACGGGUCACUACGAACGUGUUGAAAGAGGUUCGUGCUCUGGCUGUAGAGAAGGCACAACUUCAGAGCUUUGUGCCGACAUCGGCCAAACAUUCCAAGCGUGAUAGCAACCACUCGAAAGGCUCGUCGUCCUCAAGUGGAGGCAAUGCGUUUGCCCCCGGUCGCUGUGUGCCGCUAGCGAUGUAUGUUGUUCCAGCACCCAACGAGAUCUUGCAACUUUCAAUGAAGAUACAGGGAUCGGGGCCUUCACGCUCCGCCACAGUAACAUAUUGCAAGUCACUAGAGGCGCGUUUGACGACUCUGUUCAGGUCACUACGUGGCAGUACCGUUGGGUCCUGUCGGAUGCGUGACGCGCUAAGUGCCGCGAAUAUGAGCAAAGAACGGCGAGUGUUCAACUUGGACCCUGCACAUAGCGUAGUCGUGGUUUCUAGACGCACAGCCACAACCGACGGACGACCGGAGGCGCUGCUGGAGAAUUUUCUGGACGCGUUGGAAGCAGAUACCAGCGCUGACGACGUGCUGAAUGAUGAGUCACUGCUGCAACCUCUGGUCGAUGAUGACAUGGGACUCCAACGUCUGAACCAGUAUGUGCAAAAGUAUCUCGAUCUGCUCUUCUCGUUCUCUCCAAGUGGCAGCAAAGACAGUGGACGGACAGAACUGCUGAGUCCACCGCAGUGGGUAAAGGCCUUCCACGGGUUGACCAGGAGCUACAGCCGGCUGGAAUCCAAGAGGAGACAGGAGGCAGCGGCACUCGAAGCUUCGGACAAUGACAUCACACCGGAUUAUCUCGCCUCAGCGUCACUCGCGACGUACAGCUUCGACCCGAUGGAGCCGACACGGUAG